GACUCGUAAAAAGAAAACUUAUACAAAUGAGCUUUUGAUUAUAUUUAUCAUCAGUUACAAUUUUACCUUUCAAGUAUAAGUAUUUAACUUUAUAUAUACCCGCAAUGAAAGAACGCGAAUAGUUUGUGCUUUCCAAAUAAUUGAAUAUUUUUACAAAGGGAAGAACAUAUACACCUUAAUAUUUGAUUAUGGAUUCAACUAAAAAACACGAUAAUCCCUCACCGGAGGUUUCUGCAAAUUUUUUAUCUAAAAUUUUUUUUUGUUGGAUAAUUCCUCUAUUCAAAUAUGGAAAUAAGCAUAAUUUACGACCAGAAGAUAUCUACAAUCCUCUACCUUCGGAUAAGUGUGAUUCAAUGGUUAGUCAAUUGGAAAGGCAUUGGAAUAAAGAGCUGGAAUUGUACAAAAAUGGGAAACGACCUAAACCAAGUUUGAAAAUUGCGCUAUUCAAAACUUUUUCUCUGUCAUAUUCCAUACAUGGAAUCAAUAUGUUCAUACAAGCAGUUAUUUUGAAGACUUUCCAGCCCAUAGUUUUAGCAGCUUUCAUAAGAUAUUUUGAUAAGACUAAAGAUAAUGCUAUUUUUGGUGCAGGAUCAGGAUGGAUUUUAGGAUCACUAACAGUAAUUAUAGCGUUUCUGUAUGCAUUAGGUCUCCAUCAUUCGAUGUUAGGUGGACAAAGAACUGGAAUGCGAAUAAGAGCUGCAUGUUCCUCUCUAGUUUACAGAAAAUUACUGCGGCUUAGUCAAGUAUCUUUGAGUAAAACACCAGGAGGAAAAUUGGUUAAUCUCUUAUCGAAUGAUUUACAGAGAUUUGAUUUGUGUCUGAUGUACCUUCACUAUAUGUGGAUAAUGCCCGUCCAAGCAGCUAUUGGUUUUUAUCUCAUGUAUGAUAGUGUUGGUAUUGCUGCUCUAGCUGGUACAGGUGCGAUGAUACUCGAAGGAAUUCCAAUGCAAGGUUAUUUUUCAAAAUUACAAGGUAGACUCCGAUCCAAAAUAGCUGAAAAAACCGAUUUCAGAGUAAAAUUGAUGAGCGAAUUGGUAUCUGGGAUUAAAGUUAUCAAAAUGUAUUCUUGGGAGAAGUAUUUUGCCAAAGUUGUUGAAUCAUCCAGAUUCGAGGAGGUUAAAAGAUUAGCUGAGACUUCAAGGAUUAAAGGAUUUACCCUUGCGUUUAUGGUUAUUACAGAACGAUUUGCUCUGUAUCUUACAUGCAUAACGUAUUCAUUAUUAGGUAAUAGAAUUACCCCUGACGCAAUAUUUUCAUGCGCCCAACUUUUUAAUUCCCUUCAAUUUUAUAUGUGUAUCAUGUUUCCAUACGCCCUUUCUUCGUAUGCCGAAGCAAAAGUUUCAAUGAAAAGGUUGGAAAAAUUUUUGAUGCUGGAGGAAAACUUGGCAUUGUUAUCUUCCACUACUGAAGCAAAAGGGAAUUUGAAGAUUCAAGAAGUAUCAGCCAAGUGGGAUGGUCCUUUAACAAUUGACACUCUUUGUGAUAUAACUUUGGAGUUGUCACCUGGUACUUUAUGUUGCGUGGUAGGAAGCGUUGGAAGUGGAAAAAGUUCCUUACUUCAUAUGCUACUAGGCGAACUGCCUAUAAAAAGUGGUAAAGUAAAAAUAUCCGGAACAAUAUCUUACGCUUCACAAGAGCCUUGGUUGUUCGUUUCAACUGUUAGAGAUAAUAUAUUGUUUGGCAAGCCUUAUAUUAAGGAGAAAUACGAUGAGGUGGUGCGGGUAUGUGCCCUGGAAACGGAUUUCAACCAAUUUCAAUUUGGAGACAAUACCUUGGUAGAGGAAAGAGGGGUGUCUCUUAGCGGAGGCCAAAGAGCCAGAUUAAAUUUAGCGAGAGCAGUUUACGCUAGUGCUGAUAUAUAUUUACUGGACGAUCCGUUAUCGGCGGUAGAUACGAGGGUAGCAAAACAUCUUUUUGAAAGAUGCAUUAAAGGUUAUUUGGGAACUAAGACGACUAUUCUAGUUACUCAUCAGUUACAAUUUUUAGAAGAUGCUGACGUAAUUGUUGUAAUGGACCAAGGUAAAAUUGUAAAAGUAGGAUCUUAUAAUGACAUAUCAGAAAAAUAUUUAAAUCAGUUGGCAAAAAAUGAAGAAGAGAUAGAAGUUCAGCACAAAGAUCUUGUUCGUAGAUACUCACAUUCGAUAGAUGUUGGUGAAAUAUUAAGAACCGAUGAAAAAGCUGAACAUAACGCUGAAGCUAUGAAUACCGGAGCAAUACCAUUCUCAACAUACGCAAAGUACUUCGGAUAUGGAACAAGUCUUACAGGAUUUUUAAUCAUGUGUCUACUAUUUAUUCUUGCACAAGUAGCUUCAAAUGCUGGAGAUCUUUGGUUAACACAAUGGGUGAAUGAAGAAAGUGAAGUGGCUAGUUUAUCACAUAACCUUACACAAAAUAUAGUUAUAGCAAAUGACAGUUCAAUAACAAACUACACGAAAUAUAAUUAUACAGUUGUAAAUUCUGAAACACUUCCCAAACAUGAAGAAACAUCAAUUACUCGGAAUAUGUAUAUUAUCAUUUAUUCGAUAACAAUGGCGUUAGCUUUAUUUUUCACACCAUUGCGUUCUCUCAAUUUCUACAGAAUUAUCAUGAAUGCGUCGAGAAAUUUACACAAAAGGAUGUUCGGAAAUGUACUCGAAGCCCCCAUGAGAUUCUUCGAUACUAAUCCAUCAGGAAGAAUUCUCAGUAGGUUUUCAAACGAUAUGGGAAUCAUUGAUGAACUUUUACCGAGAGCUCUGUUGGAUGCAGUUCAAAUAUUUCUAGUUUUAUUGGGAAUUUUGAUAUUAGUAUUUAUAAAAAUACCAUGGAUGAUCGUACCAGCUUUAGUUUUAGGUGUACUCUUCUACUAUUUUAGAAUCGUAUUUUUAAAAACUAGUCAAGACAUUAAAAGAUUGGAGGGAGUAAAUCGUGCUCCAGUUUUUUCACAUUUAAUGGCCACUUUAGAUGGUAUGGUAACAAUAAGAUCUAGAAAAUGUGAAGAAAUGGUGAUUAACGAAUUCGAAUUUCUCGUGGAUCGCCAUUCAGCCACUUGGUAUUUAUAUUUAGCUUCCUGUGAAAGUUUUGGAUUUUAUUUAGAUUGUAUAAGUACGCUUUUUAUAGCUAUAGUAACCUACCAGUUUCUUAUUGUAGAAAGUUCCUCUAUCGAGACAACUGGCAACGUUGGUCUAGUUUUAUCACAGUGUCUUAUAUUAACGGGAAUGCUUCAGUUAGGAGUUCGACAGACAGCUGAAGUUGCCAAUAACAUGACUAGCGUAGAAAGAGUUCUUCAGUAUGCCAAUUUGGAAAGGGAAACUGAAGAAAAUAAAACUCUCUCAGCAAAAAAUUUGUUUGCUACAUUCAAAACUCUUAAUAAAGAAUGGCCGCAUUCUGGUGAAAUCAGAUUUAGAAACGUUUAUUUGCGGUACACUUUAGAAAAACCACCAGUAUUAAAAAAUUUGAGUUUAACAUUUGAAGCAGGAGAAAAAAUAGGUGUUGUUGGAAGAACUGGUGCUGGAAAAUCCUCCCUGAUAUCAGCCCUGUUCAGAUUGUCGCCUAUAGAAGGAUACAUAUUCAUAGACGAUGUAGAAACGUCAGAAGUCAAACUUUCCGAGCUGAGAUGUAAAAUUUCUAUAAUACCUCAAGAGCCAGUUCUGUUCUCAGCAACAGUCAGAUAUAAUCUAGAUCCUUUUGGUACAGUUACAGACGGGCAAAUAUGGGAAGCGUUAGAGCACGUUGAAAUGAAAAACUCAAUAGGUAAUCUCGAAACAGAAAUCAGAGAAGGUGGAUCUAAUUUUAGCACAGGACAGAGGCAGUUGAUGUGCCUUGCAAGAGCUAUAGUGAGAAACAACAAAAUUUUAGUUUUGGAUGAAGCUACAGCGAACGUUGACCCUAAUACCGACGCUCUGAUUCAAAAAACCAUUCGCAGGAACUUUAGACAUUGUACGGUCAUAACAAUAGCUCAUAGAUUAAAUACAAUAAUGGAUUCCGACAAAGUUCUGGUAAUGGAUGCCGGACGAUCUGUUGAAUUUGAUCACCCACACAUUCUAUUGAAAAAUCCGAAGGGAUACUUUACAAAAAUGUUAGCAGAAACUGGACCAGCUACGGAACAAUCAUUAAGAACUAUAGCUGAAGAUCAUUACAGACGAAAGUUCUCGGAUAAAAAAGAAUAACCAAUAAUUAUCAGUAAUCAUAAUUUAGUGUAUAUAGAGACGAAGUCUUGUGAAAUAUGUUAAAUAAAAUCAUCACAUACUGGUUUUA